AAAAUGGCACUGGCCAGUUCAAUUUCUAGCAAAGCAGUACCACCACACUCCAGAAAAAUUUCUGCAGCAGGGGUGGAAAUGCACCAGAGCAAGAUGGAUUUUUUCUGCAAGCUGGGCUAUGGUAAGCAGGACAUCUGCAAAGUGCUGGAGAACCUGGGCCAAGAGGCCCUAGAGGAUGAUGUGCUGAAAGAGCUGAUUCGGAUGGGGAGCAAACCUCAGGCUCUGGAGAACCAGGCUCAGCCUUCCCAGCUAAAGCUGGUUGCCCGUGGAUCAUGUAGCACCGCACCAGGUCUGAAGUGGCUUGGAGAAGAUGAAAGAGAUUCUUCCGAUUCCUUGAGACCCAUUGUGAUCGAUGGCAGCAAUGUUGCAAUGAGUCAUGGAAACAAGGAGGUGUUCUCCUGCUGGGGGAUCCAGCUGGCAGUGGAUUGGUUUCGAGAGAGGGGGCACACUUACAUCAAGGUUUUUGUCCCACUCUGGAGAAAGGAACCCUCUCGACAAGACAGCCCCAUUGCAGAUCAGCACAUCCUUGCGGAGCUAGAAAAGCAAUCUAUCCUGGUCUACACACCCUCUCGGAAGGUGAAAGGCAAGAGGGUGGUUUGCUACGACGAUCGCUACAUAGUGAAAGUUGCUUAUGAGAAAGACGGAGUCAUUGUUUCCAAUGACCACUACCGGGAUCUCCAAAAUGAAAACCCCGAGUGGAAAUGGUUCAUUGAGCAGCGACUACUCAUGUACUCUUUUGUCAGUAACAGGUUUAUGCCUCCUGAUGAUCCAUUAGGCCGGCAUGGACCCACCUUAAGUAACUUCCUCAGCAAAAAGCCAGUGCUUCCUGAAAAAAAAUGGCAGCCUUGCCCUUAUGGUAAAAAAUGCACCUAUGGCAAUAAAUGCAAAUUUUAUCAUCCAGAGAAGCAACAUCAAGCUCAGCUUUCAGUUGCAGAUGAGCUCAGGGCCAAAAAAAAGGUCCCGUUAGCCCUGGGGAAAGAGGAGGAGAGGUGUCAGUGCUCCCCGUGCGAUGCCUGCACAGAAGCUCUGCGGGAAGCCAGAGGCUGCUCUGGGCCUUCCUGCUGCCCAGGCAGGGCCCAGGGGAGCUGCUCUGAGCAGACAUUCCAUGCCUGGGCCAGCAGUCCUAGCUCUGACCUGCGGCUGGACCAGCGCUUGCCGCAGCCAGAGCUGCUCCUGGAGAAGAUGUCAGCAGUGUCCAUCAGUGACGCCUAUGGCUGCAGCUGGUCCUUGUGCACCUCUCAGGAAAGGGGGGUCAUGGACGGUCCUCACCCCUGCUCUGACCUCAGGCACGAACUGCUCUUACUUCAUCACCCUCAGGGCUUGGACCGCACCAGCUCUCCCAGGCGCCCUUUCCAGCGAACUGUGCUCCCGCCUGUGCAAGGUGGGAUGUGCCCGGAGCACAGCUGGGCUCAGGAGCGCCCUGCUGUGCACGGAACAGGCCACAGGAGCCACUCCUUCCCUGGUGGUGCUCAGCACAAACAGGCCCUGGAGACGCAGCACCCUCUUUUGCUGCAGUCCACAGCUCCAUCCCCUGACAGGCUUCCCCUGUACAGUGAACCCCAGCUGCAGCGGCAGCAGCACUGCUGCUUCCCCAGCCAGGCCCCAGGGCAGUCCUUGCCCUUAGAUUCCAGCAACGGAACAGGCUUAUUCCAGAAAGCCUGUGCUUACCCCAAUGCCUCUUACAGGGACUACUGGCCCACCCCAGUUGCAAGGCCACCCUCUGCCCAGCAAAUAAACAUACUCAGGGAGCUGUGCUCCCCUUAUCCUUACAGUGGGAUGAGCCAGGUCAUGACUUUGUACCCCAGUAUUCAGGAUAAGGGGACUGGAGCAUCUCCCCUAUGAAGACAGGCUCGGGAAGUUGGGGCUGUUCAGCCUGGAGAAGAGAAGGUUGCAUGGAGACCUCAUAGAAACCUUCCAGUAUCUGAAGAGAACCUACAAGGAAGGCAGAGAGGGACACUUAAUCUAUUGAUAGUACACAGGGGAAUGGCUUCAAACUGAGAUGGGGUAGGUUUAGAUUAGAUUUUAGGAUGAAAUUCUUAAUUGUGUGGCUGGUGAGACAGUAGAACAGGUUUCUCAGAGAAGUUGUGGAUGCCAUAUCCCUGGAAGCUUUUAAGGCCAGGUUGGGUGGGGCUCUGAGCAAUCUGGUCUAGUGAAAGGUGUCCCUGCCCAUGCAUGGCAGCAGGGGUGUUGGAACUGCAUGA